AUGAUGCGAACAAGGCGUGCGACGAAGCGAAGUAUAGGACAUGGUAUUGUUAAUUCAAUAAUUAAUCGAUUGCCCAUUGAAAUGCAUGUUCCAGGGUAUCAGUAUUGCGGACCAGGCACAAAACUUAAUAAAAGACUAGCACGUGGUGAUCCUGGAAUAAAUAAACUCGAUGCAGCGUGUCGUGAACAUGAUAUUGCGUACGCAAGAACAAAUGAUUUAUCGGAACGGCAUUUGGCUGAUUACGAGUUGGAAAAACGUGCUUGGGACCGCGUAAAAGCAAACGAUAGUUCAUUUGGAGAAAAGGCUGUUGCGUAUGCUGUUACAAAUACCAUGAAAGCUAAAAGAAAGAUUGGAAUGGGUUUUGGUGGUGUACUACGAGUUGGACGUAAAGCUAUGCGUAAUUCAAAAGAUAUUAACAGUGCGGCAAACUUAGCAUUAGCGGCAGCUCGUGUUGCUGUAAAGGGGAAACAAAAAUUUAAAACACCUCGCACUAUCAAAGUACCUAAAUUUGGAGGUGUGCUGCCACUCAUUCCUAUUUUUGCUGGACUUUCAGCUUUAGGAUCGUUGGCUGGUGGAGUAUCGAGUAUUGUAAGAGCUGCACACGAAGUCAGAAAAAACGUUAAUUCGAAUAAACCAGUGAAAAUCGGUAAUGCAUUAUACUUGCAUCCAUAUGCUGGGAAAAAGAAGGGUGGUGGAUUCUAUUUGAAACAUCAAAAAAACUAGCAUUGACACUACCCAAGCGACGUGCACUCAGCGAUUUAGAUAUUAUAAAAUAUGCUGAGUCAUUCGGAAUCAGUCAUUUCCGCGGUGUCUUUUCGAGAGAUAAGUUGCCUGUCAAGCCCAAAAUAUACGAGAGUGCAGUUGUUAAUUUGGACAUUGACCGCGGGAAAGGAACGCAUUGGGUAGCAUAUUUUAAGAAAAACAAGGACGUGGUGUAUUUUGACUCUUUUGGAAAUUUACCUCCUCCGCUGGAACUUGAAAAAUAUUUCACCGGAUUGCCCGUGAAAUACAACUAUAAUCAGAAACAAAAAUAUAACACAAACGUUUGUGGUCAGCUGUGUUUAAAAUUUUUAAAAUCACAAUGCUCAAAUCGCUGACCCUUACGCUGCAUGACACAACGUCGGAAGUCACAUCAAGUUUUUUUCCACCGAUAGAAUUCACUGGAGCACCAGAAGUUGCGUUGUUGGGAUUUUACGGAUGUAAUUCAAUACCUAAUAUUGA